AGAAUGCCUAUUUAAUUCGAAUCUUUGUUAUGAAUAAGAUGCUUUCAAGGAAUCAAAAUGUGAUCCGCGUCGCGGCUCGAUCACACUUUUCCGCAGAUCCAGCUCGAUCACCACAAACCGAGAUAAUUCUACUUCAUGCUGGUCAGCCAUGGAACGAAUUUCAUGCCAAGGAAUUUCUUAAAAAUCAAUCCGCGCAAUCGAUGAGACUUCGAAUGCCAAAUUUCGUACACACACUAAUCGCCAACGGCAAACUGAAAAAUGAGAAUUUGAAAGGAUGCAUUGCUGCUUAUAAAAAUGUUCCGAGCUUAGAGUCGCAGGUUGAUAGACUAGGCAAGAAGAUUGAAGAAUCAUUGGACACUGUAGUACCAGAGCAUGGUCCAUUCAAAGUAUCCCGUUUGUUUCAAUUUGACGAAGUAUCAUUUGAGGAUCAACUAAAAGAGAUUAAAUCACAUCGAUCCCAGCAUUACAUCUUCAUGCCACUCUACCCACACUUCUCUGCAAUAGAUAGUGAAACUCUUCUCGUCAAAUCCGCUAAAAUUAUUGAACAGACUUCAUCUCCAUUGGUCCAGGGAAACAAAAAUAUCACAAGCAGUAGAAUUGAACAAAAUUCGGAUUAUUCCUAUGAUGUAUCUGCAAUUUGGCGAUGGAAUAAUCAUCCAAUUCUGGCAGAUUAUUGGUCGUCGAAAAUCAAGGAAGUCCUUCCGAAAUUGGAUGGUGUUGUUUUCGCAGCUCCUCGAAAGUUUACCUGCAAUUACGGACCAGUUUUUGCGUCUUGUGAACGAACCAUGAAUCAGCUUGGUGAUCUGAUUCCAUGGCGACUUGGAUUCUAUUCCUCUUGGGAUUCAUUCGAUCUUCCAUCUAUGCAGGGUGUUGCCUCUCAAGUGCAGAAAAUUAGGAAAACAUCAGAAUCUGGAAAAGUGGCCGUUGUACCAAUUACAGAUGUUAUCGAAACUUUCAACACACUUUAUACAUUACCAAAAAAGGUUGAACACUUGAAAAACGCACUAGUCCUUCGACCCGAUUAUGAAUCCGAUCAUCUGACACAUGGAAUAUCGGAGAUCGUCAAAAAUCUAUUGCUCGGACGGAAGGAUCAACAAUUGGAAGUGGCCUGCUCAACGAGACAGUUGCAGAAUCUCAACAUAUUUUUGCAUUGAAUCUUUCGAAACGAUUAAACGUGUGUAAAAUUAUUAUUUCUAGAGAAAUUGCCACAUUACCAAUAGUUUAGGUUCUUAUAGACCAAAAUGAAAUUGUUUUUAUUU